AUGGCAUUUUCGGCAGUACACAGACAGCAGCAGCAGCUUGUAUGGCAAGGCACGCUCGACCACGGACCCGGCGAGACGAGUGUGACUGCGUCCCUGGUCAACUGCUCCUCAAAGCGCCUGUCCAGGCCACUCUGGCCCACCGCACACUCGCUCCGGCUACUGUCGCCUGUUGCCAUAUCCUCGAUCCCGCCAAUGCUCCUGAGCAGCGUGCACUUCCAUCUCUUCCUCACAGCAUCCGACCAGGCGUCGCAGCGAUACAUCAACGGCCUGGUCUCCAUGCUUAUCUCUCACGGCCCGGUGCCGGAUGCUGCGGUAUAUGUGCGCACCGAGGGCACACGCAGCAGCGACCAGCUCGAUGCCCAGAGGCAGCCGCCGGCCAGCCCCUACGGAAUUGUGUAUCUGGAAAACGGCCAGCUAACCCUGCACAUGCUGAGCGCUGCGCCGUCCGCAAUUCCGGCCGACACAGCGAUCUCUGACAGUGAGCUGCCGAGUCUGGCCAGCGAGCGCAAGUUCCUUAUAUGGCAUGCGCAGCAGCAGCAUAUGCGCGAGCAGCAGAAACUUGCGCAGGCAAAGAGCCGCGCCGUGAAGCGCCAGCCCAGCACCACCACUCGCCGCAAACCACGCAUGACGCUGGCCGAUAUCGAGCAGUUUGCCCAGGGCGUCAGCGAGCCGCAGACAAGCCCGCCACCAGCGACAGCUACCGAGGCGAAGCCCGACAAGGACGUCGAAGAGCAGAACAAGAGCACGGCCAAGCAGCUCAUCAUUGCUGCACUGAAGGAGCGCCAGAUCUUCCGCGCGCAUAAGGACUUUGCCACGCUGUGGAGCCUCAUCUACAAGAGCUGCAAGUUUGCGCUGCGUGACAAGAUCGGCUGCCAAGCACUGAGUCUUGGCGACCUGAAGCGCGAGGUCGAAAAGCACACCGCAUUCUACUGCCCAAAGUAG